AGUUUGAACUCAAGUUUCAAGUGGAAAGCCACGUUUGAAGGUUCAACAUUAGGUUCUUCUCCUAUCUCCUUUUCUUCUGCAACAAAAGAGAGGUAUCAUACAUCCAUUUUCUGAAUGAUGAAAUUGAUUCUUCUUAAACAUUCAAAGAUAUAAAUGUGGAGCAGAAUCAUGAAUGUUUGCAUUUCUUGAACCCUUUCUAUGGAGAUUUCAAAAGUAUAUAUGAUAUGCUCAAAAGUGCCACAUUGUUUUGCUGCAGUGACAUAUGUAUUUUUUAUCUUCAACAGGUGCAAAUCCAUGGUGAAAGUUAAUGCGUAUCAUGUGGAAACUGAAUCAUAUAUAUCAUGACUAGUACUAUAUAUUCUCAGGGUUUCAGCAGAUUAUCUAAGCUAGAAAAUGAGAGAAAUGUAUUGGGGUUGGUCUGUAGUGGCAGCCACCCUCUUGUUCAUUUGGUUUGCUGCCAAGUUUGUGAUCAACAAGAAGAAGAAUGUGGGCGGAGAAAGAUCAUCAGUAGUGUACAAAAUGCCGCCGGGGAGUAGAGGUUGGCCUUUGAUCGGCCAUAGCUUAAGUUGGUACAACUCGGUUGCAGGUCCUCAUCCUCCUCGCUUUGUUCACCAGCAGGCUCUAAAGUUUGGGAAGAUAUUUUCUUGUAGUCUGUUUGGUAAAUGGGCAGUUGUGUCUGCAGACUCGGGCUUUAACAGAUUCAUCAUGCAAAAUGAAGGCAAAUUGUUCCAGUCCAGUUACCCGAAAUCUUUCAGAGAUUUGGUUGGGAAAAAUGGGGUGAUUACAGUGCAAGGAGAGCAACAAAGGAAACUGCAUAGCAUCGCAUCCAAUAUGAUGCGGUUGGAGAAGCUUAAGUUUCAUUUUUUGAAGGAUAUUCAAAUGAUUAUGCUGCAAACCUUGGGCAAUUUUGCUAACAAUCAAGUUAUUCUCCUUCAGGAUGUUUGCAGAAAGGUGGCCAUUAACCUGAUGGUGAAUCAACUGCUGGGUGUGUCUACUGAGUCUGAAAUCAACCAAAUGGCUCAACUGUUCUCUGAUUUCGUUGAUGGGUGUCUCUCUAUUCCAAUCAACUUUCCGGGUUUCGCUUUCCACACUGCCAUGAAGGCAAGGGAGGCUAUAAUAAGCAAAAUCAACAGGAUAAUACACAUGCGCCGACAGCAAAACUUAUCUUCGAAAGAAGGUGAUGGUGUGCUUGGAAGACUAAUAGAGGAAGAAAGCUUGGGUGAUGAUGCAGUAGCUGACUUCAUUAUCAAUCUUCUGUUUGCUGGGAAUGAAACAACAGCUAAAACCAUGCUCUUUGCUGUUUAUUUCCUCACUCACUGCCCUAGGGCAAUGAAGCAACUACUGGAUGAGCACUGUAGUAUAAGGAGCAGGCCUAUCAAUGGAGAAGAAGAGCUACUGACAUGGCAAGAUUAUAAAGCAAUGCCUUUCACUCAAUGUGUGAUUGAUGAAACACUUAGACUUGGGGGCAUUGCAAUAUGGUUGAUGAGGGAGACAAAAGAAGAUGUUAAAUACCAAGAUUAUGUGAUUCCCAAAGGGUGCUUUGUGGUACCCUUUCUUUCAGCAGUGCAUUUGGAUGAGAAUAUAUACAAGGGAGCUCUCUCCUUCAAUCCUUGGAGAUGGAUGGAACCUGAAAAUCAAGAAAAAAGAAAUUGGAGGAGCAGUCCAUUAUACAGUCCUUUUGGAGGAGGGGCUAGAUUUUGUCCAGGAGCAGAGUUGGCUCGUCUUCAAAUUGCACUCUUUCUCCACUACUUUGUUACCACUUACAGGUGGAGGCAGAUGAAGGAAGAUAGGAUGUCAUUUUUCCCAUCUGCUCGUUUAGUGAAUGGCUUCCAAAUUUGCUUAACCAGAAGCAGCUGCCAAGUUUGAGAUAUUUUCAUUUUCUCUUUUUUAUUAUUUCACUGUCACUGUCACUGCAUCCCAUGUGUAUAUUAUUUUGAAAUUAAGGCUUUGUCUCUCAUACAAAAAUGUCUAUAUGGUUAUUGAAUUUAAUAAUUUAUAUAUUGUGCAUAUGUACCUUAUUUAUUAUCA